UCAAACCCACAAAUGAGUAUUUCCUGAGCAGGUUACACGUUUUUCGCGGCCAGACCGGAAAUACGAGUGUCUGGUCACAACUUUUCUGUACAAUUCUCGCCCGUAGGCGGCGGUAAUUCCCGGCUUGUUUCAUUAAAAGCUUCGACGAAGAAAGCGGCCGCAGUGGCCUUGCGGCGUCUUGGUCUUGUCUUGCACUACAGCUUCCAGCAUCAACACCGCCCAUCCCUUAUUUUUGUUCUCCUCGGGAAUCAGGCCAACCACACCGGACUACUUUGUCACCGGACUGUUUUACUUGGACGUCAGUAUGUCCGACAAGAGUGAGCUGAAGGCCGAGCUAGAGAGGAAGAAACAGCGCAUCGCGCAGAUUCGAGAGGAAAAGAAGAGAAAAGAAGAGGAGAAGAAGAAGAAGGAUGGAGACUCAAAGCGUGCUGUGGAGGCAGGUGGCGAAGACUCGGACCUGGAGAAGAAGAGGAAGGAGGCCGAGGCUUUGCUGCAGAGUGUUGGCAUUACCCCUGACAUACAACAUGCCACAGCUCAGCCCCUGAGGGUAGUAACAGAGGAUACCUGUCUAUUUCACUACCUAGUCCCCGCCCCCAUGUCUCCCUCCAACAAAUCAGUGGCCAGCGACGCGGGAAGCCAGGAUUCCGGGGACGGAAACGCAGGACCAAGGACUUUGCAUUGGGAUCCUGACCCCUCUACUCUGCAACUCCACUCCGACUCUGAGCUAAUGGGGCGUGGGGCUGUGAGGCUCGGCAUGUCUAAAGUGACCCAAGUGGACAUUGUCCCCAAAGAAAUGGUCUCCUAUUCAAAAGAAACCCAGACCCCCACUGAAGCUCACACAGAUCAAAAAGCAGAUGAGGAUGAGGAUGAUGAGAUAAGUGCGCCCCCACCAGCAGAGGAUGCUCAGGAGGAGAAGGAGGACCAGGGCGACCAACAUGAGGAAGACACCCCCAAGGAGCUGACAGAGGAAGAGAAGCUGCAGGUCCUGCACUCAGAGGACUUCCUGGCUUUUUUCGAACGAGGCAGCAGGAUUUUGGAGCGGGCAUUGUGCGAGCAGGUGGACGUCUGCUUUGACUACAGUGGGCGAGAUCUUGAGGACAAGGAAGGGGAUUUGCAGGCCGGUGCCAAGAUGGUUCUGAGCAGACAGUUUGCAGAUGAACGCUGGACCAAAAACAGAGUGGUCACCUGUCUGGACUGGUCUCCUCAGUACCCAGAGCUGCUUGUGGCCUCCUACAACAACAACGAGGACUCUCCCCAUGAGCCUGAUGGAGUAGCGCUGGUCUGGAACUUGAAAUACAAAAAGAACACCCCGGAGUACAUCUUUCACUGCCAGUCAGAGGUGAUGUCAGCCGGCUUUGCCAAGUUUCACCCCAACUUAGUUGUUGGCGGCACCUACUCGGGACAGAUUGUCUUAUGGGACAACCGCAGCAACAAGCGAACCCCGGUCCAGAGAACCCCGCUGUCUGCCACUGCACACACUCAUCCCGUUUACUGUGUGAACGUGGUGGGAACCCAGAAUGCCAACAACUUGAUCAGCAUCUCCACAGAUGGCAAGAUGUGCUCAUGGAGCCUGGACAUGUUGUCCCAGCCGCAGGACAGUCUGGAGCUGGUGUUCAAGCAGAGCAAGGCAGUAGCUGUCACCUCCAUGGCCUUCCCGCUCGGCGACGUCAACAACUUUGUCGUGGGCAGCGAGGAUGGGUCCGUCUACACCGCCUGUCGGCACGGGAGUAAGGCGGGCAUCACCGAGGUAUUCGAGGGCCACCACGGCCCCGUGACGGGUUUAAGCUGUCAUACCGCAGCAGGACCUGUGGACUUCUCUCACCUCUUCAUCUCCUCUUCUUUCGACUGGACUGUCAAACUGUGGAGCACCAAGAGCACCCGCCCGCUGUACUCCUUCGAGGACAGUUGCGACUACGUGUACGAUGCCAUGUGGUCUCCGACGCACCCUGCACUCUUCGCCUGCGUGGACCUCGCCGGACGUCUGGACUUGUGGAACCUCAACAGUGACACAGAGGUUCCCACUGCCAGCGUGUAUGUGGAAGGGGCUCCAGCGCUGAACCGAGUGCGGUGGGCUCACUCCGGAAAAGAGAUCGCCACCGGAGACUCUGAGGGACAAGUGCAGGUGUACGAUGUGGGCGAGCAAAUCUGCGUGCCCAAGGUUGACGAGUGGACGCGCUUCGUCAGGACUCUGGCCGACAUCAAUGAGAACAGAGACGAAGCCGAGGAGCUCACCAACGUUUGAUGACACAACCGCUCUUCUUUUCAUACACUACAUCCC